UUCAGUGCGCGGACGCCAUGUUACUGCAGUGCAAAACACACCAUUGAUACCGAAAUUGUUUUCAUAAAGACAUCAUCAAUGCCGGGCAAACAACAUUUGAGCAUAGUGUGAGAAGUUUAUUGUUCAAGAUGUGGUCAAAUCCUUGGCAGUCAUCUUGGCCUCCAUUACAACAAGCUAAUUUUCAGAAUGUUCCUCACGAUCAAGUUGAUUGGGCUGCCCUGGCCAAACAAUGGAUAGCUCAGCGAGAGGACCCCAGCCAUGCGCCCACGCUACACGCAGCCCCUCCUCCACCGCCCCAACCUUCACAACCUUUCCCACCACAGCCAUUUAUGCAUGGAGCACCAGCCCUGCCCCCACCACAGUCAUUUCCAGAAGGAGUCAAUCAGAAUGACAUGGAUAUAUCUGAUGAGGAAAAUGGCUCUAAUAGGGAUUCAAAUUUUCGUGGAAACCAACAUCAACAGCCCAAUAAUGGUAACCAUAACCAGAGUGGAUGGGGAUGGAAUGAAGAUACUUGGGGACCUACACAGGGUGGAUGGAGCAUGGCAGGGGGAGACAAGAAUGUGGAAGGAUUUGACUACAGUCAUGGGGGAUACCAAGAGAGCUUUGAUUAUAACCAUGGCGGCGAUCAAUUUAAUUUUUACAAUCAGCCACCAAAUGUACCUUCCCAGGGAGGUUUCAAUGAUUACUGGGCAACUCCAACUGAGCAUUCUGGAAAUAACCGAUCCUACCAGCGCAGAGAUCGUUUCCACUCGCCACAUCCAGAUGUUGAAGAGGAAACUGGCAUUGAUGCAAUGAAGCGCAAAUCCUUGCCGGCAUGGAUUCGUGAAGGUCUAGAAAAGAUGGAGAGAGAGAAGCAGAAGAAGAUGGAUAAAGAGAAGAAGGCCCAAGAGAUGGCAGUUGCUCAAAAGGAGAAAGAGGAUGCUGAAAAAGAAGCAGCAGAGGAAGUCAUGCGAGAGAGUGGGGGACAACCUGUUGUUCCAAAGAAGAGUAGAUUUGACUCAGAUGAUGAAGAAGAGGAUGAAAAAAGACCAAGUCGACUUUCAGCUUCCCCAUCGCCAAAGAGAUCUCCAGCACAGAAGGAGCGCACUCCUUCACCUGAAGAAGAGAAGACAGAGGAGGAGAAAAAAAUGGAAUUGAUACUGAAGGUGAAGAAAUGGAUGACGGAGAUAUUGCUUGAAGUGACAUCACAGGAGACAGAAUCAGUUGCAAAAGAAGUGUUUUACAAAGCUAGGAAUAAUGCAGCUAAAGCUCCGGCAAAGCAGCUAGCCAAGUCCUCUGCUUUGGCCUCUAUUUCUGCACUUGGUCUUGGUUAUGGGUCAGGCAGUGAGAACGAGGAAGAAAACAACUCUGAGGACUCUGAUGAGGACCUGGAGGCUAGGAUUCGUCGUAAGAAGGAGCAGUUUGCUAAACAGCACAGCAACAUCUUUACUGAGGAUGAGGAUGAAGAAGAGGAGGACGAUGUCAAAGAGCAUAGCAGAAAUAAAAUGAAGAAAGAAGAUCUUGAUACUCCUGAAUUUCUUAAAAAUCCCAUAUCGGAAAAACACUUGUAUCCGUUCCAGACCAAAUAUGAAGCCAUUCCUGGGUUAGAUGUAAGGAAUAGUGAUGCAGAGGGGGAGCCUAGUGUUCAACAUAAGCAGGAGAGAAAGAGCAAGGUUAAAGGUGCCAAAUUAAAAGAGGCUGGUCUUAGCAAUCAGGAUAAAUCUAAAAAGAUCAAGCAUGAAAGUGAUAGUGCGAGUACCAGUGAGGACUCUUCAAGUGACUCUUCUAGUAGUUCAGACUCUAGCAGUGGUUCAGAAUCCUCGUCAGAAACAUCUUCUGAGGAUUCUAAAAUGAAAAAGUCGAGGUCACAUGGAGGGAAAAAUAAUAAAAGGUCUCAGAAAACCAGUACUAGGGAUUCCAAAGACUCAAAACUUGAGAAAAGUAGAACAAAAGAGAAAUCCAGCAAAAGUAAGCAUAAAGAUUAUGACAAACACAAACGAGAAUAUAGUGAAGAUCGUGACAACGAAAUUGAGAGCUAUAGAGGGAAUAGAAGCAGGAGCAGGGGGAGGGGGUAUAGUGAGGAUAGGGAUUCUAAGGAGCGGGGACGAGACAGACGGAGUGAUAGUAGAGACAGGUAUAGGAGUCGUAGCAGGGAUAGGGAGCGUUACAGGAGUAGGUCCAAAGAACGAAGUAGAAGACGAGACAGAAGCCGAGAUCGUGACAGAAAAGAAAAACGAAGGGAUCGCUCUCGGGAUAAGUAUGAGGACUACAAGUAUGAAAAAUCACGUAGGAGUACAGAUGAUAGUCAUAAAUUGAAAUCGAAGAAGCGGAGGAGAUCUAGGUCUGUCUCAUCAGAGAGUGACCAUGACAGUCGGCGGCGAGACAGUCGUGAUAGUCGCAGGUCUCACAAAGACAGGCAUGGUGAUGAGUAUGAGCGUGGUGGUAAGAGGUCCAGUCGCAAACACAAGAAUAGAUCCAUUUCAAGGUGGGGAUUGUUUUUGUCACUUUCAUGCUUUCAUACACAUUUUCACUCUUUCAGAUUUUCCCAUUCUGUUUCUUUCUUUGAAAAUGUUGUCACUUGUCACAGUUCUAUGUUAAAUGUUUUCAACAGAGUUGUCAUGUUUAUUUGUAAUACGACAAUUUAUGUAAACACCCUGAAUGAUCUAUUAGCAUACCAUUACCUAUUAGCAUACCAUUACCUGCAGACAUACAUAAAUCUGCCUAAAAAUAAUAUGCCACAUUCAGGGCUUUGCAGGGAUUGUCUUUCCUCAUUUUGGACAUUGGUAACUGGUAGGUCAUUUAGGGCAUGUAUAGUCCGUAGUGUAACCUGACUGUCGUGUUGUGUUGCAGGUCACCAUCGCCAAGGCGAAGAUGAACACUUCCUCACACACACUUGUGUAUUUCCUUCAAUACAUGCUGCUCAGUUUGGCUGCUUCAAGCAAUCAGGACUUGUGAUGUAUAUGAAAUUUUUAUAUUUGUAAUAUUGAUUCACAGAAAUUAAAUUCAUCAAUGAUA